AUGAGCCAGGACUACGCUAAAGGAAAGGGCAAGGCGAGCGGAGGAGAAGAUUCAAGCUCUAAUAAUCCACGAAGACAAGCAUCGAAUCGCCCUCAGUAUGUGACGGUUGGCUCUGGAUCAACAUCCGAGAGCGCUGCUCGAUUACAAGCCCUUCUGGACAAUGAUUCUGGGUACGGUGGAAGUGUAGCCGGCGACAGCUUCAAUGGCGCUCCUACAUGGAAUCCUACUCUGACAGAGGACAGGCCUACACCAUCGCAUUCGCCAAUGCCGAGAGGGAUGAACGACAUGGUGGAAAGUGACAGAAGAGUACAGGCCAAUGCUAUACAUCAACUAUGGUACAACUCGCACAGAGCUACUUUGUCAAGGUCGAUUGCGAAAGUGAUGGAGAGUUUGAAAAGUCUACAAGAGUUCAACGCGACAUGGCCAGCAACUUAUCCCUCAGUCCAGCGUGCGGAGACAGCACAACCACAGAGGCAAGAUCCGCGACCAGGACUGGUGCACACACAAUCCACAGCUCCAGGUGCCACAUCGUUUCCAGAGAAUAGACCAGGACAACUGCGAAGGUCGCAAACAUAUGGAGCAGAACCAGAAUCAAGCAAAUCAGCAGAGCAAAGAACGACCCCUGAACCUCGAUUGGUCACCCCACAAAUUGCUCAGGAGUUUUCGAUAUUGAAAUUGGAUUUGAAGCUAGGAGCGCUACAUCAGACGGAACUUGUGCACUCGCUGGAGAAGAAUUCGAUAGCCUCAUUAUUGGAUGGCAAGAUCAGCUCCAGUAUCAAGCACCUCCUUUCUCUACGCGAACGGAUAGAAGAUACUUCAAGUAAGGUCUUGAUCACUGGGGAUUUGAACGCCGGAAAGUCGACCUUUUGCAACGCCCUUCUCAGACGGAAGAUUUUGCCAGAGGAUCAACAACCGUGUACAAGCAUUUUCUGUGAGGUUCUUGAUGCAAAGGAGAAUGGGGGUAUCGAGGAAGUUCAUGCCGUGCAUAAGGAUGUGCAUUACGACAGACACGAUGAGAGCACAUACGACGUCUACACACUUCUCGACCUGGAAAAGCUCGUGACCUCUAACGAGGUUUACACACAGUGUAAGGUGUAUGUAAAGGAUGUACGAGCUAUUGACCAGUCACUUCUCAAUAAUGGUGUCGUGGACAUUUCGAUCAUCGAUGCACCUGGCCUAAACCUCGACACCACAAAAACUACAGCGGUUUUUGCUCGACAAGAGGAAAUUGAUGUCGUUGUUUUCGUGGUCUCUGCUGCGAAUCACUUCACCAUGACUGCAAAGGAAUUCAUCUGGGCAGCAGCGGCCGAGAAAGCAUACAUUUUCAUCGUAGUCAAUGGUUACGACAACAUUAGAGACAAGGAGCGUUGCCAAAAGAUGAUUUUGGAGCAAGUCCAAGGACUCAGUCCUAGAACCUUUAAGGAAUCGACAGAGUUGGUCCAUUUCGUGUCAAGUAAUGCUAUUCCCACGGCCCCUAUGCCACCAGGCGGACCCGGAGGAAACGGCAGUGGCAGUUCUAGCGGUGGUGGUGGUGGAGAUGGAGAUGACGGCUCAGAUCCGAAAGGGAAGGGGAAAGACAAGGAGAAAAUACAAGAUUUCGAGAAUCUUGAGCAAUCACUCCGACGAUUCGUCUUAGAAAAGCGUGCCCGAUCGAAACUUGCACCAGCAAGAACCUACCUUCUCAAUGUUCUAAAUGAUGUGCAGACCUUGGCUACUGUCAAUCAAGAAGUCGCACAGUCAGAACUAGACCGCGUCACGAAAGAGCUCAACGAUUUGGAGCCUCUGCUUGAAGCAUCUCAGAAAGCUAAGGCCGAGGUCAGCGAUGAUAUCGACAAGACCAUCGAGGCAACAUGCAAGGACAUCUACGAUCACACUCGUUCGACUCUUUUACAAUCAAUAUCUCAAGCUGCAGACGAGGAUCUUGGUGUUCCCUACCCUGGUCUUUUGAAUGUUUUCCAGUAUGCGGAUGAGAUCAAGGAAGCCAUGCUCUCGCAAAUCUCAGCUUCCGUCACGUCUUGUGAGGAGCAUGCGAGAACAAAGACAAUCGAGGGAGUCAGCGCUAUCAAACAACUCGGACUUUUGCAUCUUGGUGAUGAGUAUACGGAUUUGAGCUUUAGAAGCGAUGUCAUGUUCAGGAGAAAACGUGACGUGUUAGCCCGUCAAGUUGAAAUUGAGACUGAGAUCUGGGAUUUCUUCGACUGGUCGACUCUCAUUCAACGACAAGAGAAGAUGGCAGGAACAGGUAUGGCUUUGACGGUUGCCACUGCUGUCGGUGGCCAAAUGGUCGGAGGUUGGGGCUGGGUUGAUGGUGCGCUGGGGGCUGCUAAGGUUGUUGGUAACAACAAUCUCCGCAAGCUUAUCUUGCCCGGCGUUGUCGUUACUGCCAUCGCAGCAACCUACUACAUCCUCUCUCAAAUCCCCACCUCGCUCCCACAUCGCCUCUCGACCAAAAUCUCAACCCAACUCCAAGCUAUCGACUACGUCCACGCAAACUCGGACCGCAUCUCUUCCUCAGUACGCCGCGUUCUCCGCUUCCCAGCCGACAACCUCCGUGUCGGCCUCCAACGCUCCGUCGAACAACUAGGCACUAAACGCGAAGAAACCAAGAAAAUCCGCACCGAAAGCGACGUCGCCAGAAAGUACUUCUCAAACCUAGUCAACGAGACAGGCCGUAUCAGAAAUACUGUCGAGGCAGUAGAUCUCGAGGGUCCUGCUCCCGGAGUUGCCGGCGGUUAUGAUCCUUGA